GGGAUUAAAAGGCUCGUUAACUCCUAGGCCGUUGCUAAUUCCAUUAUCUCUAUAGGAACAGGAGAAAGAAAUCUGUGUGUGUGUAUCUCAUAGAGGAAGAGAGAAACUCUGCCAUGGUUGACUACUCAAACUUGCCCGAAUCCAUAAUCCACCAGGUAAUGUCUUAUCUUACAAGUAAAGAUGCAAUCCGUACGAGCAUCUUGUCAAAGACCUUCCACUCUUCAUGGUGCACAUUCCUAAUCCCAAUAAUUGACUUCGAUCAAUAUUCAUUCUUUAGAAAACAGAGUUUUAGUGACACAGAGACAGAUUCCUUCUUAGAUUUCGUAGCAAAUUUUCUUGAAAGCAGCCGGCCGAGAGUUAAUCUAGAAAAACUGAGGUUCAAGGGUGAUCUUCGUUUUCUUCAUAGUUUUUGUGAUCGUUGGUAUGAUAAUUAUAAGCUUGACAGUCGGAUCAUGAGGAUGAUAAACUUUGCAAUCGAAAACAAUGUCAGAGAGCUAGAGCUGGAUUUUGGAAUAACAUAUGAAAGGAAAUACAAUCUGCCAUCUUCCAUCUUUUGGUCUAAAUCAAUCAAGAUUUUGACCCUGAAAAAUAUUGGUUUCUUGUCUCAGAAUUUGAUCUUGAGAAGCUGUCCUUGUAUGGAGAUUUUCAAUCUCAUUGAUUGCAACUCCUUAGAAACUGUUACUUUGGAUUCUAAUGCUCAACUCAAAGCUGUAAAGAUUGAAAGUUGCUCCGCUCUCAAGAAAAUUGACAUCGAACCAGCUUCUUUACUUGAAUAUUUUUCAUGCGAAACGGGGGUACAUUCUUGUUUUAAGCCUUUCGAUUUCAAUAUCAGCAGCUCUACUAGUCCGAAUCUCAAACAUUUGAAGUUAAACAGCAGCCUGAAGGACAGUCUGAUCCAAAGCAACUUGUCCGAAUUUCGAUAUCUGGUGACUUUAAAGUUAGAAGGCAGUUUUGCAUUCAACAACAUCCUCCAGAUUCAUCUUGAAUAUCUAAAAACAUUGGAGUUGAAUCGGGUAGAUUUUGAUAGAGUUGAGAUUAAUGCUCCAAGUAUGGUUUCCUUCACAAUUGUGCCCUCAUUUGAAUCUGCUAAAACCCCUGAAAUUGACAUAACAAGCAGCAGCUGUACAAAUCUCAAACAUCUAAAAUUUCGUGGCAGAUAUGUACCAGAAAUAUGGAUCAAGCAUAAAUUUUCUCAAUUUCUUAAUCUUGAGACUUUGGAAUUAGAUAGGUAUUGCAUUACGUUCAAUAAACUCGAGCUUCUUUUAGAGUACCAUCGGAGAAGUUUGAAGCGUGAAUCUUGCGAAGCUUUGUCUGAAAUUGAGAUUGAAGCACCAAAUCUGGUUUCCUUCGCUUACAGGUCCUUUUGCGCUGGACAUCAUCCUGAUAUUGAUAUAAGUAUCAGUUCCACAAUUCUCAAACAUCUUGUAUUUCGAGGCGACGAUGUACCAUAUAAAUGGAUCAGAAACAACUUCUCAGAAUUCCCUUUUCUUGAGACUUUGGAGUUAGUUAGAUGCACAAGAAUGAAGCAAAUCAAGCUUCGUCUAGAGUAUCUAAAAAGUUUGAAGUUGGAUUCUUGUGUAGACAUGUCUGAAGUUGAGAUUGAAGCUCCAAAUCUGGUUUCAUUCACAUAUAGUGGGAGUUGUGAUGUUAGUUAUGAUAAACGUCCAGCAAUUAUCACUUCCAAAGCUAAGCUAGAUGUUAUGAUCCAUCUAUCCUUCUUCUCUGGAACAGAGAAGUAUCUUAUAAAUUUGAGGAAUUUAAUUGAACAAUUUGCUCAACAUUGCCAAACAUUAACACUGCAUUGCUCGACUUUUUUGGAGAAUGGUGAUGAGUUGAUUUAUUCCGAAGAGUUGAGAAAUAUUCUGGUUCCUCCUGUAUAUAACUUGAAGCACCUAAAGGUUAAAUUGGAAUGCUUGCAUUGCAAAUUUCUUGAGCAAUUGGUUGGAAGUCUGCUUUGGCUUUCUCCCCAUCCAAAUAUUAUCUCCUUCAUUAUGAAAUCAGAAGUAAAAUCCUUGAAGUUUCAUUAUAAGGAUGAGGAGGACGUGGAGAGCUGGAGACGUGAUCUGAAAGAAGUUACAAUGGAGAACUUUGAAGACACUGAAAGGACUAUUUUGCAGAAUUAUUUUACCAACAUUGUCAAAUAAAAUAAGAGCCUAUUUAUACUUUGAAUGUUGAAUACAUGAGUUAGAUUUUAUUUUAUUUAUUUUAAAAAUUUAAACAGUUAAUGCAUUUUGGAUUAUUAACGGUGGAUAUUUAUAAAAAUACUGAUAAUGUGUGAUUCAUUCC